AUGGAAGUGGAGAGGGGGCUGGAGAGAGCACCAUACUUUAUCCAGCAUGCUCCAAGGUUACAGCUCCGUGUUCCAGGCCUUGCUGGGGACCUUCUUCACCUGGGCAAUGACCGCAGCUGGGGCAGCGCUUGUGUUUGUAUUCUCUAGUGGACAGAGGCGGAUCUUAGAUGGAAGCCUUGGCUUUGCUGCAGGGGUCAUGUUAGCGGCUUCCUAUUGGUCCCUGCUGGCUCCUGCAGUUGAGAUGGCCAAGUUGUCUGGAGGCUUCGGUGCGUUUGCCUUCUUUCCUGUGGCUGUUGGCUUCACCCUCGGAGCUGCUUUCGUCUACCUGGCUGACCUGCUGAUGCCUCACCUGGGUGCAGCAGAAGACCCUCAGACAGUCUUGGCACUGAAUUUGGACCCUAAGCUGAUGAAGAAGUCCGACCCCGAGGGUCCCGCACUGCUCUUCCCCGAGAGAGAACUUUCCAUCCGGAUAGACAAGAGUGAGAACGGCGAGGCAUAUCAGAGGCGGAGGACGGCUGGCCUCCAUGGGGACCCUGCUCCCCUCAUGCCCUCUCGAGGGGGCCCUACGCAUCCUGGAGGCAGCAGCUGGAGGAGAAUCGCUCUGCUCAUCUUGGCCAUCACCAUUCACAACGUGCCAGAGGGUCUUGCUGUUGGAGUUGGAUUUGGGGCCGUAGACAAGACUGCAUCCGCCACCUUCGAGAGUGCCAGGAAUUUGGCCAUUGGAAUCGGGAUCCAGAACUUUCCAGAAGGCCUCGCUGUCAGCCUGCCUUUGCGAGGGGCUGGCUUUUCCACCUGGAGAGCCUUCUGGUACGGGCAGCUAAGUGGCAUGGUGGAGCCCCUGGCUGGUAUCUUCGGUGCCUUUGCUGUGGUGUUCGCCGAACCCAUCCUCCCGUAUGCUCUGGCCUUUGCUGCUGGGGCCAUGGUCUAUGUGGUCAUGGAUGACAUCAUCCCAGAAGCCCAGACCAGUGGUAAUGGAAAACUGGCGUCCUGGACCUCCAUCCUGGGAUUUGUGGUGAUGAUGUCCUUGGAUGUUGGCCUUGGCUAG